AACAAACACAGGUUCUGUUGGUGCAGAAGGUGUCGGUGAGUCAUGGGGAUCUUUAACCACUUGUUGCUUGUUUCGUCCUUGGUGCCGCUGGUACUGAGCUACCCUUACUUCCCGCCAACAUGCUACAGCAAAGUACUGAGCAUGGCACAAGAGGCCACCGUGUGGGCUGCACAUUUGAAGCUGGGCUAUGAAACUGGCUACUGCAUGGCACACAUGCCAGAUCUCUACCUUGAUAUCCAUAAUUCUUGUGUGAUGUACAAAAUGAGGACCUAUAUCUCCCUGUUGGAUGGCCUGCGACAGCGCCGCUGUGCUUACACCAGCGAAGUGAGGAAGCUGGGUAACACUCUGAGACAGAUCUUCAUCUUCAUGUCAGAGAAAUGCCAUGGGGAUUUGGUGUUCACAGUCCAUGACUGUGCUGCUCUGGAGCGCUAACAUACGAGAUCCUGAAAUGACAAUAAUCUGCUCAAGGAGAGUGAAGAGACAGCAAUAGUCUUUCUACGUACAUUCUUCAAGUGUCUGCGGUAAUUGAAAGACACAAGACUGUGUUAUGUUAUGUUUAAAUCUAUGGGAACUGUGCUUUUGCUCUUAAAAAAUGACUUUAAUUAUCACAAUUUUCUGUCUAUAAUGGGGUUUUUUGACACUUAUUAUCACAUCUUUCCUAUGGAAUCUGACUGUGGAAUCAUUUCAUAAUAAACUUUAUUAA